AUGGAGAGUGAAUCUGCUUUUCCCCAAGAGCAAAUAACUUGCAGUGAUGAGCUGGAGAACAGAGAGCUGGAUCAGAUGUUGGACCCAACGCGCCCUGUGUACGCUAUCUCCUCCUUCUGGGAUGAGAUGGAAAAGUUGACAAUAAAUGACAUAAUACAGCUGAGGUUGGUGAACAACGCUCACAUCCCCAGCGAGUCUCCCCAGCUGCAGGACAGCGCCAUGGCGGAUGUUUCAGAUGCAGCAGACUCCGGCUACUUCACACACCUGGAUGACUCCAAGCCUGACCGCUCCACCGGGGAUGCCUCCCUUUUUUCCGAAUUCGAGGAAGAGUAUUUCCAAGCCUUCAAUGCCAGCACAAACCCCAGCCCUGAGCCGCCAGACACAAAACCGAGAAUUCGAAGAUCACCAGAGUCAACUUGUAGGGUGUGGUGGGAAUGUGACCUGGAUCCAACCUGUGCACAGCCUGACAACGAUGCUGAGGAAAGGAUGAUGCUGUGCUCUGAGAAUAUCGUUUCCCAACCUCUGUUUUCAGAUAGUGCCCAGUUCUCAAGGACAAUGCUGAAGAACAUACAUAUGCAGAAUCUGAAGGCUCUUUGGGAAGAGUCGCAGGCUUUUAAUGGUCUGUCUUUGCCUACCGUUGUGAUAGAGGAGGAAGAAAGCAGCAUGCUUUUCAGUCUUUGCCACAAAGCAGAAGAAAUUUGUGACCAAUUUCUCAUGGAGAGGGGAAGUGGUUUGGAACGAUCUUCUCCAAGAUCUUCCCCAACUUUUCUCCCAGGAGAAGCCUUGUCAGAGAGCUACAUGGUGCCUUUCUCUGGAAUUUUCAAUCAUCCGUUUGCCGAAGAGGAGGCAGGCACUGGUGUUUCAGAUAGAGCUAGCCCAGUGGUCCCACUUGAUACUGGGGAUCUCACCCUGCCUGAGACCUAUGAUUAUUUCUUCUCAGAGUUCGAAGCUGGAAAUACGUUCUUUCCCUUGGCUCAGAGACCUGAUGACCGCAAGGACAAAUCCAUUCCCAUUUUCUCCUGCUCACGAUCAGGGAAGCGGAAGCUCCGGUUCUUGGAGGAAUAUGAUUACUUCUUUCCCGACGACUCGCCAGUUGAAUCAGAGGAUGAGGAUGACCAUGUGCCAAUCCGCGUGGUGACUCGUUUCAACAGCCGGACCUGUGAGCCUGUGGAUGCCUCAGCAGGGCCAGAAAUGUACGAACACUUUUUCUCAGACAAAGACUGCUGGGCAAAUCUCUUCUGGCGAAACCCCUUCUCUUUACGCAGAGUGCGUUUCCCUGGCAUUCUGAGUGGCUCUCGUGGUAGGUCCACCCCAAUGGUAUUUCCCGCCACGGAUUGGAAGGGGAAAUCGCUCUUUAGGACAAUGGACCCAGUCAGCACUACGGAUAAUCGAGACAGCAUCCCUCCUCUUCCCAACGUCUUUUACCUGGAAAAUCAGCUCAGCAGAGAAGUUGCAGAGCAGUCGAAGAGAUGCGCAGAUCUCCAAGCCAUCAUCUCUAUUCCAAGAAAGGAGGGCUUCCUCUUCACGCUCAACCAGUCUGACAUAUGCUUGGUCUGCAUUGCAUUUGCCUCGUGGGUGCUGAAGUCCGCUAACCCGCAGUCCCAGGACACCUGGAAAACAGCUCUCUUGGCAAACGUGAGUGCAAUAUCAGCUAUUCGAUACCUGCGAAGGUAUGUCAGAGAGGAAUCGCCCGGAGACCAGCGGUGACACCGAAUCCCUGUGGUUCCAUCCCAUCAGCUGCCACACAUUUUCCAGGACAUUUCAUUUGGGACCAGAGCUCACGGUUUGGUAGUUCAACACAGAUUAACAGUUACUGACAACAUUUCUGCUCGUAGGAGUGAAAGUUAGGUGCAAUAAAUCAGAAACUGAUCCUUUGCAAAGCUCCGCCCCACUCCACGGACAUUGUUCCUAGCUUAGUCAAGCUUUA